AUGGUCACAGAAAAUGGAGAAUUUCGAUAUCCGCCUCGUGUGGGCGAAUUUGAUAUCCCCAGCCGUCGCAGAGUCCCCCCUCCUCCACGCCUCGAUCCGUUAAGAUUCCAUCCUCCUGCGCCUCCUUCGCGUCCCGCGACCUCUCAUUCCCAAGGCGCUCAUUCUCGUUCCAACUCCCCUCGUUUACCGCCGGCUCCGUUUAGAGCAAGAGGCCCUCUCCCCCACGGGUAUUGGCCACCACCGCCGGAAGAGCUAGUGUCACCGUGUCCAUCGCCUCAGUUUGGCCCGGAUUAUAACGUUUAUUACGACUUUGACCCGCCAAGAGCGACACACCGGGCCCCAACAUUUCCCGCGGUUCCUCACGAGCCCGUCCCGACAUGGCGCCAUAUGGACGGCGAAGGCGACCGCCCGUCCCGCCGGAAGAUGCCUCCUGGUCGGGCUGGCUUGCGAAUUUCCAUGUCUGCCUCUCGCAUGAAUCAUCAAAAGCGUGCCAAGGGCCAACAUUCCCGCGAGCGUCGUCCAACUGAUACCAGUCAUCCUCAGGCAUUGGGCUUGCCGCGUGCUACGCCAAGUAGUUCGCUGGAUGCCUAUGGGGGAAAUGACGCUCUUCGAUCUAGUGUCAACUCAGCAAUGACCUCGCGCUCCAGCAUCGAACAAAACAGUGGAACGGAGCGUAGCAGUGUUUUGACGAAAAGCAGCUCCAUCACCGACCUUUCACCUGAUACCCCCGAUGGACCGGAGAAGGAUGGUGGUAUGAGCGUCGAAGAUGCCAUUUCGAUGUAUUUGGAUGGCUUCAGCGAUGUGACGGAAGAGCCGUCGUCACCAGAUCUCCAUGCGGAAGACAAAUCGCGCCCGUCGAGCCCAAGGCCGUCUACAACAAUGACCAUGGACACCUUCGAUGAACAGUCACCCGACAUGAACCCUAUGGAAGGCCUCCCUCCUGUGCCACCACUUCCGGAAAUGCAGCCCAUGGGCCAAAACCCACCGCACCAGGAGCUCCUCAAUGAUCAAUCGUCGAUUCACGAAACCUCUAAUGAACAUUCUCAUGAAACCUACCAUCACGAGCCGACAUCCCCCGCCAAGGACCCAGGUAUUGCUAGGCAAGAAUCCACAAUUGUCGUUCCUGGUAUCGUUCCGCCACCGCUUCUGCCAGGAACUGACUCGCGAGACCGCUAUGGAUUCCGAAAAGCCAGUAACCAUGUCCCGAUCGAGCGCUACGAUGCCUGGAGUCGCUCUUAUUCCUCCUUUGCGGCCAACCGGAAAGUGAAAUGGGCGGAGCUUCUCAGGGAACAUGGGUUGGAAACGAAGGAACCAACACGGUUUCCGCCGAAGUCCUCGCGUGUGAAGCGCUUCGUGCGUAAGGGUAUCCCGUCCGAAUACCGAGGUGCUGCAUGGUUCUAUUACGCCGGAGGCUUUGAGCUUCUGAGCCGGAAUCCGGGGUUGUACGAUGAAUUGGUCCAGAAGGCCAUGAUAUCACCCUCCAACGAUGACAAGGAACACAUUGAGCGCGACCUCCAUCGAACGUUUCCCGACAACGUUCACUUCAAGCCUGAGCAGGGUGCCAGCUCUGGUAGCAGCAACCCGCAGGGUACGGUGGUCGAGACCCAAAUGAUCCAGUCUCUUCGGCGCGUCCUAUACGCAUAUGCGCUUCACAACCCGAAAGUCGGCUACACCCAGUCGCUCAACUUCAUCACAGGAAUGCUUUUGCUGUUCCUUCCCGAGGAAAAGGCGUUCUGGAUGCUGCACAUCGUUACGUCUUUGUACCUUCCGGGAACACACGAAAUUAGUCUGGAGGGAGCGAAUAUCGACCUUUGGAUUCUCAUGGUUCUGCUCAAGGAAUCGAUGCCGAAUGUCUACAGCAAAAUCGCGGCCACGGGUCCUGGUAGCAACAAGGCCCGCGUUCCGGCUCUCACCGUCCACUCGCGACUGCCUGAUAUCACUCUUGGAUUGACGAAUUGGCUCAUGUCGAUUUUCAUUGGAACUUUGCCAUUGGAAACGACCUUGCGUGUUUGGGACGUCUUCUUCUACGAAGGCUCCAAGACGUUCUUCCGUGUGUCCCUGGCUAUAUUCAAGGCAUGCGAAAAGGACAUUCUUGCCGUCUCUGACCCCAUGGAGGUGUUCCAGGUUGUUCAAACAGUUCCCAAGAAAUUACUAGAUGCCAAUACACUGCUGGACGAUUGUUUUGUCCGACGCCAUCGCGUGGGACAAGGCCGAAUCGAUGAAUUGCGGGCGCAGCGACGGGCGGCCGUCCGACAGGAUAAGAUCCGACGAUCCAUGGCGCUGACGCAGGGCCAGCUUCAAGCGGCUACUGAUGAAUGGCCGACCCAGCGAUCGCGCACUCCGAUCCCGGGGCUUGAACGCAGUAUCGCAGAUUCAUGGCGACACAUGAGAAGACAUCAUCACGCAGUCCGGUGA